CAGCCUGCUGUGGGACACUCACGUCACUGGCUGCUGCAAUUAUCUCUUGAAUCAGGCUGAGGGGCUUUGCUGCAAACGCAGGGACGGUCGGAUGACAAGUCACCUCCAGCUCUGCAGGGUCGGGGGCCCCCUCAGACUUGCCAUGGGACCCGGCAGAUGCGUCUGGGAAGGCUGGACUUGGGAGGGCGAGGCCCUGACGCAAGAGAAAGGUGCCUGGCUCCUGAUCUGCACCUGCCUCUGCACCUGGGUCGGCGUGGGCGUCUCUGUCCCAGGGGAAGGAGGAGGUGAGGGGGCUGGAACUUUCACCUGCCUCACCAACAACGUCCUCAGGAUUGACUGCCGCUGGUCCGCCCCAGAGCUGAGCCAGGGCGCCAGCCCCUGGCUGCUCUUCACCAGCAACCACGCGCCGGGCAGUGUGCACAGGUGUGUCUUCCGGGCCAGCACGUGCACUGUGGUGCUGCCGCCCGAGGAGGUGCUCGUGCCUUCUGACAACUUCAGCAUCACUUUCCACCGUCACGUCUCCGGGAAGGAGCAGGUCAGCCUGGUGGACCCACAGUACCUGCCCCGGAGACAUGUGAAGCUGGACCCUCCCUCUGACCUGCAGAGUAACGUCAGCUCUGACCACUGCGUCCUGACCUGGAGCGUCAGUCCUGCCCUGGAGCCGCUGACCUCGCUCCUCAGCUACGAGCUGGCCUUCAAGAGGCAGGAGGAGGCCUGGGAGCGGGCCCGGCACAGGGAUCGCAUAGUGGGGGUGACCAGGCUCCUCCUGGAGGGUGUCGAGCUGGAGCCUGGGGCCGCCUGCGAGGCCCGGCUGCGUGUGCAGAUGGCCGCGGAGGAGGAUGCGUUGGAGGAGGAGCGCUACAAGGGCCAGUGGAGCGAGUGGAGCCAGCCCGUGCGCUUCCCUGCCCCCCCGAGACGAGGCCCCCCGACCCCACGUUUGGGGCAGCCCGACAGUACCCUUGUCGCUGUGUCCAUCUUUCUCCUGCUCACCAGCCUCACCUACCUCCUGUUCAAGCUGUCACCCAGGGUGAAGAGAACCUUCCAUCAGAACGUGCCAUCUCCAGUGACGUUCUUCCAGCCUCUCUACAGCGUGCACAACGGGAACUUCCAGAGCUGGACAGGGGCCCACAGGGCUGGUCUGCCAUGGAGCGAGGACUACAUGGGUACCCAACGAGCAGCCUCGGAGUCCAGCAUCCGGGAGGCCAUUGCGUUGCUCACCUAUGACCUGGCGGACCCCCUGCAGUCAGUGGGCCUGGAGGAGGAGGGCACCGGCUCCGGCCUCCCGGCAGGCGUGCUGCCAACAGGGUGUAUGGAGUGGGGAGGGCAGCUGCCCGCCUACCUGCCGCAGGAAGACUGGGUCCCCGCGAGCCCUGCCAGGCCAGCUCCCCCCCAGGCAGAGGGCAGCAGCAGCGACUACUGCGCCCUGGGCUGCGAUGGGGGUUGCCACCCCUCGACCUUCCUAGGAAACGUGCAGAGCUCUGCGCCCAUCCUGGCCUUGGCCUGUGGCCAUUCCUGUGACCAGCAGAGCCUGGAUGCUCAGCACGGAGGUACCUGUGUGGGAGCUGCUCACAGUCAGAGAGCCCGCCUGGGCCCCGUGGACAUGGCGAUCACCUCCAUGCUGGCCCAAGGUCUCUGCCAGGGCACCCCUGUCAAUCUUACCAGGGCCUCAGGCAGAAGACCCCGUUCUGCCCGGCUGCUGGACUUGGGGCUGGUGCUGGAAUCAUCGACCCGGUGA